AUAGGGGGGUUGUGGUGGCCGCUAUAAAUGCCUGAUAAAAAACACGAGAUGGGACUCUUCGACUGCCUCGAAAGAGGCUUUGAGCCGUUGUGUGGAUCUUGGAGUCUGGAGGCUGGGGAUUGUGCCUCGCAAAUCUAUGCUGAAGUCUUGGUCGGCAGAGAAUUUGAGGCGGCACUGUCCAGGCCACCUAGAAUCCUGUCUUCUCUUACCAUCGUCCUCGCUGAGCCACUCCUUCGGCGUCUGCGGAAGUCACCCUUUCCAUAGGCGGUUGGAGGUGGUUCUCGAGCUGAUUUACGUGCGGUGGCGUCGUUGGGCCUGACCUCGGUUUUGCCCGGUGGGCGUUUUGUGGCGCCAUGUUCUUCCCCGGCGGUUGCGGCCGAGGGCACACGCCAUGUUUUGGAGAAACCAAGGAUUUAGGACCUUUCAGGACUUUUAUCUUAAAAAGGACGACUCCGAGUUUGGGAAUUGGAAACAUGGGGUCAGACUGGAGUGAAACACAAGACUCUGACCCUGGGGGAUUGAGAGGGCCGCCUAAGGGCUUCUACAGGUGGAAGGUCCGGUAUAGUUACCGUCCCACUGCCCUCUUCUCCCCCCGCCCCUCGGGCAAGGGCCUGGGCCCCUCAGUGCUGCCACUCCUCCAGCCAAAGCCGUUGCUGCCGGUGUACCUGCCUCCGGUGCCUGUCCUUUCUGGGAUUUGUAGCUUCUACUUAAGUCCCGUGCUGCACAGCACAGCAGAUAUCCCAGCUCAGAUAGGGUUUGAAAGACCACCUGGAGGUCUCAGCUGUCUUCACUCCUGGGAGACCCUGGACGUGCCAGUAUGUCCUGUGGAGUGGUUGCGUUGCGAAGAGGGGGAGGAAGUCCUGAACACUUUCCCAGACCCCCACCUGGGCCAGUGGUACUUUAUCGCAGGGGCAGCUCCCACCAAGGAGGAGUUGGCGACUUUUGACCCUGUGGACAACAUUGUCUUCAACAUGGCUGUGGGCUCUGCCCCCAUGCAGCUACAGCUUCGAGCGACCAUCCGCACGAAAAACGGGCUUUGUGUGCCCCGGAAAUGGAUCUACCACCUGUCUGACGGGAGCACAGAUCUCAGAACCGAAGGCCGCCCUGACAUGAAGACCAAGCUCUUCUCCAGUGCAUGCCCAGGUGGAAUCAUGCUGAAAGAGACAGGCCAGGGUUACCAGCGCUUCCUCCUCUACAAUCGCUCACCCCACCCUCCUGAGAAGUGUGUGGAGGAAUUCCAGUCCCUGACCUCCUGCCUGGACUUUAAGGCCUUCUUACUGACUCCCAGGAAUCAAGACGCCUGCGAGCUGUCCAGUAACUGACCUGUGGCUUCACCUAUGCCCCCCAGAUGGAUACAGCUGGAACUUGUAUGGUGAGGGGAGAAGCUGGAGUCUCCCAACUCUCUUUCAAAAGUAAUAAAGAUGAUUUUCCAAUCCUCA